GCCGGAACUCUUGGGCGGAGGUAAACGUGCAAAAUCUAGCCGAGAUAUUUUUCAUCUUUUCCAAAAACAAAUACAUUAGUCGGCAGUUACUUGUUCAAUUUUGACAUAAUGGCAUUGCGAGCAUGUGGAUUUAUAAUAUUCCGGCGUCUGGCACAGCGUUCUCUUCCUGGCGGCAUUGAAUAUCUUCUCUUGCAAACCUCCUAUGGAGAACAUCAUUGGACUCCUCCCAAAGGUCAUGUUGACCCUGGUGAGGAUGACCUGACCACAGCAUGGAGGGAGACGCAGGAGGAGGCUGGUUUGGGUAAAGAGCACCUGCGUUUAGUUGAUGGGUUUCUGCAGAGACUGCAUUAUGAAGUGCGGGGUAGGGAGAAGGAGGUCCUCUACUGGCUGGCUGAGCUGCGUGAUCCCAGUACAAACGUCACCCUGUCAGAUGAGCAUCAAGACUACCGCUGGGCCAAACUUGAGGAAGCAUGCAGGCUUGCAAAGUACAAAGAUCUACAGGACACUCUUAAAGGUGUACAGCACUUUCUGGAGAAAGGAGAAGGGAAACAGUGAAGCUGGGUCCACAUUUUACUGUAUUAAAAUAUGAUAUAUAAUGAUAGGCAAUCUAGCUGUGGGAAAUUUUACACACUGGACUGUCUUUGCCCUCCAUUAGGGUAAUGGGGAAAAGAAGAAACUCCCAUACCACAUGAAUUUUGUCACUAUUUUAUUGUUAUGAGCCAUCAUGACGAUUUUAGAGUAGUUUGGGAAAAUGGCCAACUGUCAUUUGGGACAUUCUCAAUCUGUCAUUUGCAUGUUGAUAUAGAAGUGUGGAACUAAACAGGUGGUGUAAUGUGGUCAUAUGGUGUAAUGUUAACGGGACCUUAAUGGGAAUUCCACUGAUUUUUCAAUAUUUCAGCAUAAUUAAAUCAUUCAGAUGUAAACAACAUAAUUUAGAGAGGUUUAAUCUGUAAUGUUACAUGGUAGAGAUGCACACUGACCAAUUUUUUACAGUGGUAGCUAAAGGAACUCAAGAGCCACAGUUCUACAGCACAAAUGUAGGCGUUUUAUUUACUAUCCAAAACGACCAAUGAGCUACACCAUUUGGAACGUUAAUAAGAGUUUUCUUUGGGGACUAAUUUGCCUUGUAAUAGUAUUAUAGUACAACAGUCCCCCAUGAAUAGUCAGUCAUGAAUGUAUUUUAAAAAUACAUUUUAGACCAAAAGCUUAUCUCAGAAGUAUUGUCGAACAAUUGCUUCCUUGAGGUAGCCUAUCAUCACCACUUUAAACAAAUUUCGGUUUCUCUGUUUAUAUUUUAACAACUUAAUUCUGCAGAAAUGUUGGCAGAAUUCCCUUUUAAGACCAUACGGGUGAUUCUUCUAUGGGCACAACACUACUAUAUAUAUAUAUAUAUAUAUAUACACUGUAUUUUUUGGAUUAUGUUGGUGGUAUUGUGGCAGAAAGAGUGUAUAUAUCAAAGGGCAUGUAACAGUCAUUAACAUCUCACUUUCAUCUACUUAGCACCGACAAAUCAAAGUGGAGGCAGCCAGUAAUAAUCUCUCCUAAAGUGGUUUCCUGGAGCUUUCCUGUACUGAAUAAUAUACUGUUAAUAAACGCAACGCAUAUCUA